AUGGAUUCAGGCGUGCCUGCCCCUGCCCCGGCCGCCGCGCCCGCGCCCAAAGACAAGCUGUGCCGGCGGUGCAAGGCGAGCUACGACCCCUCGGCCAACACGCGCCUCUCCUGCAGGUUCCACCCUUCCUUCUUCGUCUGCCGCCGACACGACGACCAGAAGAGGUAUUACGAGCUCCGCAACGGCGACCCUCCCUACGCCGCCAAGUUCUACGACUGCUGCGGCGCCGAGGACCCCGACGCUCCCGGAUGCACCACAGACCUGCACCGUUCCUACGACGACGCCCAAGACUAG